AUGCCGUCAUCGAGGAUGAAGAAGCAAAACGUCCGGACGUUGUCGCUCAUCCUCUGCAUGUUCUCCUACCUGCUGGUCGGCGCCGCGGUGUUUGAUGCGCUGGAGUCCGAGACGGAAAGCGCCCGCAGGCGCAUCCUGGAGCAGAAGCGCAACGAGAUGAGGAAGAAGUACCGCUUCUCCGAGGAUGACUACCGCGAAAUCGAGCGAGUUGUGCUGCAGGCUGAGCCCCAUCGCGCCGGGAGACAGUGGAAAUUCGCUGGCUCUUUCUACUUUGCCAUAACAGUCAUCACCACUAUUGGUUAUGGACAUGCAGCUCCAGGAACAGAUGCAGGAAAAGUCUUCUGCAUGUUCUACGCCGUCCUCGGCAUUCCACUCACCUUGGUCAUGUUCCAGAGCCUGGGAGAGAGGAUGAACACAUUUGUGCACUUUCUCCUGCAUAAGGUGAAACAGUGCCUGGGCUGUCGACGCACCGAAGUGUCCAUGGAAAACAUGGUCCUGGUGGGGCUCCUUUCCUGUGUUGGGACCCUCUGCGUGGGAGCUGCAGCCUUUUCCCACUUUGAGGGUUGGAGCUUUUUCCACGCUUACUACUACUGCUUCAUCACACUAACCACUAUAGGUUUUGGGGAUUUUGUGGCCCUGCAGAAGAAAGAGGACCUGCAGGAGAAGACGCCCUAUGUUGCUUUCAGCUUCAUGUACAUCCUGGUGGGGCUGACUGUCAUCGGGGCAUUUCUUAAUUUAGUCGUUCUUCGGUUUCUCACAAUGAACACGGAGGAUGAGAGGCGAGAUGCUCAGGAGCGGGCGUCUCUGAAGAGAGACCGAGGCCUCCUGGAAGGUGCGCUUGGCCUUCAUGCCAUAAGGGAUCAGAGCAGAGAGAGGGGAAGAGACAGGGGCACCAGGAUGCACAACCACAACAACAGAACACUCUUCAUGCCGAUAGAGGAAGGAACAAGCCGCACUAACCUUAUCCCUUCCCCAGCAGAGAACCAGGAGAAGCAUGGAAGUCCAUGCAGGCAGAUGCGUCAUUUUCAGAUCAACGCAGGUGCACGGAGGCAGGAUUCCAGCCUCAGUUCCCUCUGCUCUUCCUGCGACUGCUACGGCUUAGAGGUUUGUGAUAGUCCUCUGAUUCUCCACGGCAAUCGGCACGACUGUCAUGUAAAUUCCAUUUGUUACAACUCAGUCUCCUAUAAAAUCGACAGCUGCUGUUCCAAAUCUGGGGAAAACACAGGACUCUCCUCCCCGAAGAGCACGCUCUCACCCGGGUACAGUUUCAGGAGUUUGAGGAGGAAAUCAGUGUAGAGAGCAUUAUUGUGAGGAAACGUGUUUUGCACAGACUAAUCAGCAUCAAAGUGGCAUUUCCUUUUGUGCAUGUCCGAAGCUACAAAUCUCUUUGAAGAGUAAACUCCCUGUUGUGGGUAGUAAAAAUUCUUUUUAAAGCAAACUUUUUUUUUUUUCACGUUAUGUUGUUGGUGUUUUGCUUGCAUGUCAGCCUAAGUGCCCUGCAUGCUAAAAGAGAAUGUAUUUCAACAGGAACAAGAGCUAAUUGGAGAUGAUGUCCAAAAGUUCUGUCCCUGUACUUUUCCACAAGAAGGAUUUUAGCUAGAUUGCUUUUUGUUGUACAGCAUACCAAGGAAGGAUUGUGGAGAAUGAAGGUAAAAAACUACAGUGACCCUGAAGAACAAAUCGCAUUAAAAAAAUCACUCAGUGGAAAAACAUUUAAAAGAUCACAACGGCCUUUAAAAAAAGCAAAACAAAUGAUCAAAAAAGCAUUAUAUUUUAGAAAUCAAAACAAAAUUCCCCAUAAAAAAAAAAUUAACUUUCCGGAAAACCAAAAUUUCAGAAAUCAAGAUGUUAAAAAACAAAAAUGGAAGACGUUGGUACAAUGGGCAUCACUGAUUGGAUGAUGAUGUUUUAUUUUUGAUGUUUGUGUUUUUUAAAUGUCUUCAAUUUCCUCAUAGUAUUAAAAGUUUUAUGAUUAGUUUGGAGCAUAUUAAUUUUUGCUUCAUGCCAAACAACUUUUUACUGAAAUAAUAGACAAGCUUCAUCAUCCAAUCAGCGAUGACCGAUAGUACCUACCUUUUCCAAAUUUAAUUUUUUGUUCUUUAGCAUUUCAUUUUAAUUUCCGGAAAUUACCUUUUUUUCUUUUCCGAAACAUUUCAUUUUAAUUUCAUUUCAUGUUUUUGGACUUGUGUUUUGGUUUCUGGAAUUUUGUUUUGAUUUUUAAAAUGUAAAUUUUUUUUUGAGUUUUAAGCUUUUUUAAAGAUUAUUGUUGUGAUCCUUUAUAUGUUUUUGCGUGAAUUAAUUUGAUGGUGUGAUUUGGACUUCAGGGCCACCGUAAACCCCCCCACACACUUUCCAUGCCAUUGCAAGAAGAUGUCACUACACUUUUCUAUGAGAAUGCCUUAAGGAACUUUGACUAACUUUUUCAAAGACAUGGCAUUUUAAAUAAUGUUUUACUAUUGAGCACUGGAAUAGAGUGAUUGGUGCACCAAUGCAAUAUAUUAUAAAGAGAUUUCUAACAUAGAUGUAUGUAGCACAGAAAAGACAUGUAGCAAGUCCCAUAUUGAUGUCCUAUUGUUCUGGAAAACUUGUCAUUUUCCAGCGGGGAAGUUGAUAUUUUAACAAACCAUGUGACUUUCUUCCAGUAUUUUGCUUUCUUGUCUAACCAAAAACAGGACUGUUACAUGCACAUUAUUUGACUUCAUACAUUAUGAUUAACUUUGACUUAUUUGAAUGAAGUUUUGAAACUUAAAUCUUCAUUUGUCUUCCUUUGUUUGUUCCUGAAAAAAUAACACCCAGCAAAAUAAUCGUAUUCUUUCCAUUGUAAAAAGUUGUUUGGGUUAAAAUGGUAUAAACUUGCUAAAAAAAAAACCUGUUGAAGUCGUACAUUUUGUCUCAAUCU